GGACUCCAUUUGUCCUUGUUUUGUGAAGCGAAGGCACCCAAACGCACGAAAAGACAGACUAAAGCAAGGAAACAGCAAGGAAACGUCAGAGGGUUACCAUCCCAGCCCAUCAAGUUAACAAACCCCCCAGCACCUCACGAAUUAAUCACAAUGAGCGCUGAAGCUUCCAGCGCCUCAAACGUGGUCCGUGGAACCGUGCCGUCGGCAGACUCGCCUUCAAAAUCCCACACUAGCAGCCAUGAACAGCCUCAUAGUGGCCCAGGUGGCCUCUUGACAAUCCAUCAUGAGGGGGAAUCUGGCCGAAGCGGCAUCCAAUUCUGGUCUUUUAUGCGCAUCUUAUGGCGGUCUUCAUCCCAAGUCUCCAUGGCUGUCAACGUCCUGUGGCCUUUUGUUCCAGUUGCCAUAAUUCUCCAUUACCUGCCUGGCCACCACUCUGCUACGCUCAACAAAUGGAUCUUCGCAACAAGCUACAUUGGCAUGGUCCCUGCAGCAAACCUCUUGGGCUUCGCCGGCCAAGAGCUGGCGCGGAAGAUGCCAAAAGUCGCGGGAAUCCUGAUUGAGACGGCGUUGGGCAGUAUCGUCGAGAUUGUCCUGUUCAUCAUUCUGAUCGCAAAACACAAGAAUCCCGAAGGAGAUGGCGACGACAGCUCCGCGGAAGAAGGCAAUUUGAUACCCGUCAUCCAGGCCGCAAUCCUCGGCUCCAUCCUUACAAACCUGCUUCUCUGUCUGGGACUGUGCUUCUUCUUUGGCGGCCUCCGUCGACAGACACAGACCUUCCAUGCCGUCGUCUCUGAAGUCGGGUCCGGCCUGCUUCUCGUUGCUGGAUUCGGCCUUUUGAUUCCGAGCGCGUUCUACUCUGCUCUAAAAGGAGAGACACGGUCCCACAGUGGCUUCACGGAACACAAGUUGCAAUACGAUGUGCUGAAAAUGAGCCAAGCCACCAGCAUCAUCCUGAUGAUUGCGUUUGCUGUCUACAUUGUCUUCAACGCACGCAGCCAACACAGCAUCUUCGACGAGAUACUCGAGGCAGACGAGAUUAAUGAUGCAGACCGGGCCCAUGACAUGGCAAAGGAAAAGCUGACAUUUACCGAAUGCAUCGUCGCCAUAGUAGCGUCUCUGGCCUUCAUUACGCUCCUUGCCGUCUUCCUGGUCGAGCAGAUCGAAACCAUUGUGCACGCUGGUGUGCCUGAUCAAUUCCUCGGCCUGAUACUGCUUCCACUGGUUGAAAAAGCGGCUGAGCAUCUGACUGCAAUCGAUGAAGCUUGGGACGGGCAGAUGAAUUUUGCCUUGUACCACUGUCUCGGUCCGAGCAUUCAGACGGCGCUGUUCAACGGGCCGCUUGUUGUCAUCGUUGGUUGGGCCCUAGGGAAACCAAUGGAUCUGAACUUCGAGAUCUUCAUGAUUGCUCUGCUCGUGCUGUCAAUUUUGGUGGUGGGGAAUUUCCUCAGGGACAAAGAAAGUAACUAUCUUGAGGGGACGUUGUUGGUGAUUGUGUACCUCAUCAUCGCUAUUGCGGCGUGGUAUUAUCCGGACCCGGAUGUGGCAACCUCAAACGAGUUCGAUGGUCCUUGGCUCGCCGCUGGCGUUCCGCCAAAAGCAACUUGGACGGCUCCUUUGCAGUUCAGAACACAAGGGACGAUGCUCUGAAGGAUUUCCUCCCCUCGGAGGACUUGGCCACAAGGAGCUUAACGGUUUUCGCUGACGAAGACAUGGGCAAUAUGGUUUGAGAAAAGCUCAGUCUCAAGUUCAAAGGAAAUGACAAGUGCUCCACUGGAAAAACGGAAAUGGGUUUUAUUGAGGUCUAACCUCAGGUGCAAGCAUCGAUGGUCACCACUUGGAUCUGCGUCUUUGCCCAGUCGGAAGGCUGCCACGCUCAGCCCCGCCUUAGUGUGAUUUGUGCCCUCGACAUAUCAAUCUGAUCUGGCAUACCCUUCCAUCCACAAUAGCUCGACUGUGCUCAUGCACACUGUCACUU